GGCGAGAUAAAAUAUAUACACUAUCGGGGCGCGGUUAGGUUAGGUAAGGUUGAUCAUCCAUCCGGUGCAGGAAAGGCGGAUAUAGCCGUCUGUCUCUCUCCGCACGAGGAGAGAAAAAGGGGAGGGGAAAGGGGGAGCCGAGAAGGAUUUUGCGUUAUUGAGAGGGAGGAUGGGUGUAAUAAAGGCGGCGAUUGGUGAUGGGGUGUUGACUUUCAUGUGGGUGUUCUGCGUUUCGACGGUGGGGAUAUUCACCUCUCUCAUAUCGUCGGCCUUGGGGGUUCAGGCGCUGCCGUUGGCUGCGAUUUUCAUCACCACUGUCCUUAUCUUUGUUCUUGUGUUCGUGUUCAGCGCGAUAGGGGAUGUCUUGGGUGGGGCCAGCUUCAAUCCCACUGCAACUGCUGCGCUCUAUGCCGCCGGUGUCACACCCGACAGCCUCAUCUCCAUGGCUUUCCGUUUUCCUGCUCAGGCAGCUGGUGCUGUGGGUGGUGCCCUGGCAAUCAUGGAGGUGAUGCCAACACAGUACAAACACAUGCUUGGGGGGCCUUCUUUGAAAGUGGACUUGCAUACUGGAGCCAUUGCUGAGGGGAUUUUGACCUUUACAAUUAGCUUUCUCGUGCUUUUGGUUGUCCUCAAAGGUCCAAAGAGUCCAGUAUUGAAGACAUGGUUGCUUGCCAUGGCGACUGUAACUCUGGUCGUCUCAGGCUCUGCUUACACUGGGCCUUCCAUGAAUCCCGCCAAUGCAUUUGGAUGGGCAUAUAUAAACAAUUGGCAUAACACAUGGGACCAGUUGUACGUUUACUGGAUCUGCCCCUUCAUAGGGGCAAUAUUGGCUGCAUGGGUCUUCCGAUUCCUAUUUCCAGCACCAACAAAGCAGAAGAAAGCCUGAGAAGGGGCAUGAACUGAAAUUCUAUGUUAGUAGGUAAGUUAACUUAAUAGGAUUUUAUUCUAUUUUCUGGUUGUGGGCUGAAACUAUCAUCUGUCUAGUGAAUAAACGUGGA